UGAAUCUCCUAAAGUUCAAAGCCCAAAAGAAAGUAGUCUCAAUGUAGGUGAUGCCCAUCCUUUUAAGAAUGUUGACUUAGAUUCAACCCUAAGUAGUUGUACUGAUUUCGAAUGGGAUAACACAGUCAAAGUCGCUGUUAGUGCGACAACCAGUUACAGUGACUGUGCAACGGAUAACGGGGAAACUGGUCAUAACAUUUUUCUGCCUGACCACACGCUUAACGUUGAUAAACUCGAACCUUGCUAACCAUCUCAAGCAUCUUUAACAACACACGACCCUCCUCAAAUUACGAAGGAGCCAAAAUCAACCACAAACCUUGGAAAUAAGCGUUUAGAACAUGUUCCCUAUACGUCAGGUAUAAAUAGCAAUCUAAAUUGUGAACGGCCACUUGGUCGCACACAUAGACCUGAUAGCCUUCUUGGUCCGGCUCCCAAUGUGAAUACUAUUCCUUUACCAAAUGUUAUAUCCAAUAAUAGUGGGAAGACUUUUUUUGUACUUCCGCCGGCUUUUCUGCCGGCAACAAUAAACAUACUUCAAAUGAUGACAAAGUUGUUGAAUCUAUUUCCGAUCGCAACACAACUCUCACCUUAGCCAAUCCUACGAGUAUUCAUGUAAGUACCAAUUGUGGUUUAUACUCUAACCUGAUUCACCAUGGUAAUUCUCAAUUUCUUAUUCUUUCGUUCAAUGCCCGCUCUCUGCCCAACAAAAUUACUCACCUCAAAACCCUUUUAUUGCUUGCAAACUAUUGUACUUAUUACGGAAACAUGGUGCAAUUCAUCUAUAUCCGAUCACUCCCUGCGUAUAGAUAACUAUGUUUUCUUUAGAACCGAUAGAUGUAAUGGAUUAGGAGGCGGUACACUUAUCUAUGUCCGUUCGGAUAUUCAGGCUUGCAAAUUUGAGAAUAAAUCCCUUGAUGCUAUAGACGACUCCACCUGGGUUACUGUAAACUGUGGAUCUCAAAAUUAUCUACUGGUGGGAUGCAUAUACAGACCACCCCAUGCAGACUCUAGGUUUGACAGAUUACUAACAAACAUCUUUUCCAUUGCUUCACACCAACCGCAUACUUUUAAAAUCAUCGGAGGUGAUUUUAAUCUGCCAAACAUUACAUGGGAUUCGACUCCGGUACCAGGUCGACAGGACAAGUUAGAUGAAACACUAGAACUUUAUGGAUGGGUCCAACAGGUCCGACAACCGACUAGACAGAAUAAUAUACUUGAUUUACUAAUUACAAUCAACAUAGAUUCGAUCUCGGUGCAUAUCAGUCAUGAGUUUUUUAAGAGUGAUCACAGAGUGGUAUUGUGUAUCAUUCAUUCUCUCGACGCCAUACAAUUGAAUUCUAAAGCUGGAAUGAUGUACAAGAGUAGAUAUUUUGAUCAACAAACCUGGAAACGGACUGAAAGUCUUAUUCGUUGUUUACUAUGGGAAACGUAUUUUACCACAAAUAAUAUUGACAUUGCGAACUCUGAUCUAUACCACAACUUGAUACACUGCCUCGACUGCACUGCUCCAAUUAUUAGCCAUGUGGCUUAUAACGCCAAUGGGGGCCAGAAUAAUUUUAAAACUUUGAAAAGAAAGCUGAGGAAACUAAAACACCGUUACCACAAGCAUAAUGACUUGUAUACACUACAGAGUAUACUUAAGUUAAUUGACAAGAGUGCUUCAUCUAAACGCAAGUAUUUUAUGAAUAUAGAAAAUAAAGCCCUAGGUAAUGAAAGCCCAGAAUUAUCAAUACUUCGGCUUUUUAAAUCGCGUGUGAAGUCAAAUUCUCUUGGCGUGACCAAAUUCUUCAUAGUUAACGGAAGAUUUAUUGAUGACCCAGAUAUUAUUUGCGAACAAUUCAGUCAGCUUUUCUCACAGUGCUAUAACACUAGAACUGAAAGCUGUGUCAAUACAUUUUCAAUGCUGACGUGCAGACACCUGUCGAAAAUUGAUUUUGUACCCUCCAACAUCAAGCAGGCCGUAACUGCCUUGAAAAAAUCCUAUGACGGUGGACCUGACGGGAUUCCCUCAUCAUUUGUGAAAUAUGGUAGUAGAGAAUUCCCACUAUUUUGUUAAAAACUUUUCAAUCUAUCUAUGGAAUAUGGGGCCUAUCCAUCUGUAUGGAAAACAUCUCUUAUCACCCCCAAAUUCAAAACCGGAUCACGCAGUGAUAUUGUUAACUACAGACCAAUUAAUUUGACAUCCGUGCUGUCAAGAACUAUGGAAAAAAUCAUCCACAAACAGCUAUUAUCAUUUUUGCUUUCGGCUAAUCUGAUUAGCCCAUCCCAACACGGGUUUAUGACCAAACGCUCAUGAUUCACAUCGCACCUGGAAUUUUUUGAUCAAAUUACCCAGAGAGGAGAUGUUCGUUAAUUGGUGAUAAUUCUGUACUUCGACUUUAGUAAGGCCUUCGACAGUGUCUCACACAAACUUCUUCUUAUAAAACUCUCUUCAUAUGGAAUACAGAAUCCCCUUUUAUCUUGGAUCAAGUCAUUUUUAGAAGAACGUAGCCAAAUUGUCCGCUUUGGAUCUUGCUACUCCGAACCUGUGAAUGUAACCAGUGGGGUUAUACAAGGAAGUGUAAUUGGUCCAUUACUAUUUCUCCUUUUUAUCAAUGACGUUUUUUCCCUCUUUCAAUAUGGUAAACCUUUUCUUUUUGCCGAUGAUCUAAAAGUGGUUUAUUCAUUCUCAUCUCCCACCAAAGAAAGCUAUAUUUCAACGGUAAUCCAAGAGGAAAUAAACAAGUUGUACGAAUGGACUAUUUCGUGGAAUUUGCCACUUAAUGUUGACAAAAGUGGGUUUAUUAACAUCGGCCGCUGACUUAGCCUAAAUCUGGCUAUACACAAACAUACACUGAAACCUCUCAACACUGUUCGUGACUUGGGUUUAAGAUAUAUCGACAGUUUGAACUUUUCUGAACACAUUGCAUCUCAAGUAUCCAAAGCUAGAAAGCUCAUCGGAUUCAUAAUCAUUAAUUUCAAUAAUACCGA